CUAAAAGUGAGGCUAAUGGCUAACAAUUUUAUGUUAGUUAAUUAUAAUUAUACUAAAUAUUAGGUAAACAAAUAAACAUGUUGCACCCCGCGAGUGGCACAGGUAUUUUCACAGCAGGUUCAGCUCUCGUAAUCCGGUUUGUCAGGCAAGGAUGCACCAAUAGACCUUUUUUCCAUAUAGUUGUUGCUGAAAAAAGAAAAGAUCAACACAUGCCAGUGAUAGAGCAAGUUGGGACACAUGAUCCUCUCCCAAAUGAGCAUAAUGAAAAACUCACGUCUCUGAAUUAUGAGCGAAUUCGACAUUGGAUAGGUAAUGGAGCAGUAGUUUCAAAGCCUGUGGAACAAUUACUGGGUCUUGCUGGUUUUUUUCCAAUUCAUCCUACAAGUUACAUGACUGCAUGGAGAAACAGAAUACAGGAGGCAGAACAACAACAGAAUACUAUUGAUGAUCAGCAACAAAAGCACACCCAUCCAUGAACACACAAACACAAGAUUUCUUAGGGCAAGCUAUGGAGAUCAUGUAAUGUAUAUAACUUCUCUAUUCUUUGAUGUACUGAUGAAGAAACUUCUAAUGUUUUUGGUAGCAUAUCCAUUGCUGAUUGUACAUUAUCUUCACCACAAACCUUUGGAAUUUCACAUACUAAUGAAUGAGUUCAAUUCAAUCAAUAUUCUUACCUGUUUUAGUAGAUUAUCUUUUGUAGGAAGAGUGAACAUUGCUAGUCUAGCACCACUUCUUAUUAUAAAAGAAUGAUGUUGUGAUAGGGUUUGUUCAUAUGCUUCUUUACAUGCAGUGGAUGUACUAUCUGCACUUUUGAGGUCUCCAAUUUUCUUCAAGAACAAUUGUAUGAAAUCUAAAAAAAAUAUAAUCUACAUUGCCCAGGUCUCAGACAAGUUUACCACUCAAAUAGUAAAUAUCCAUAAUGGAUGCAAGGUGGUAAUGAAACAGUGAUAUGAACCUUCACCAGCCUCCAAAAAUGCAAUCCCAUAUAUCUAUAAUUCUUAUUUGAUCAUACAGAUCAGAUAUACACACAUAGAUUAUAAUAUAGAUAUUGUAAUGAAUAUCACCUAAACCUCUGUGCAGUCUAAGUAGAGUCCGACUUCCAGACUCAUAACCAUUUUUGUUGAGAAGAUCAUUUUCCUUUUCAUACUGAAUCAUAAGUUUCACAGUACAGAAAUUAUCCCUGGAAUUUUCAAGAAAUUCCCUCAGCAAAUCUAUUUUUGCUUUUAAAUCACUACUAACAAAACUGAAUAU